ACAAAAAUGGGUCGGCUUCGUGCCUUCCUUUUGUUUUCCGGCACACUGGCAGUUAUUAGCACAGUACAUGCCGACUUUAAUUGCUCACAGGCUCCUGAUUCAGACAUGGUCCAAACAUGCCAUAUGCUCCAAGAAUGGGACAGUGCUGCACGGAAGGCAAUUAGAAAACGGCAGGCAUUCAAUGCAGGUGCUCCAGGAGUUCAGGGGUUUUCUCCAUCAAAUCCACCACGAUUUGCUCCAUCAGCUCAAGGAUGCAUGAAUAUAGCAUGCAUCUGUCCGUAUAUGGGGGGACGAAUGGCAAAUGGAUGUAUCCUACCAAAUGGGCAACCUUACUUAAUGGCAUAUAGAAAAGAGUAUAGAAUGAUGUCAGAUAACGAACGACAACGGUGGCACAAUGCCCUAAUACAAUUGAAACGUUCAGGAGAAUACGAUCGUCUUUCAGUAAUGCAUCGACAAGUUGGCUCAGCCUCCGGAGCUCAUUCCGGUCCAGGCUUCCUUGUCUGGCAUAGAGAAUACAUGAAAAGAAUGGAAAUUGCUCUUAGAAUGAUUGAUCCAGGAAUAUCUAUGCCAUAUUGGGAUUCUGUUCUAGAAUCAUAUCUUCCCGAUCCAAGAGACUCUAUUAUGUUUGGACCACAAUUUAUGGGAAUGACUGAUGCUUCUGGUCAAUUGGUUAGUGGUCCAUUUGCUGGAUUCAGAACACUUGAAGGAAGGCCUAAUAUUAUUAGAAGAAUGGCUACUGAAGGGAAAAUGUUCACUGAACAAAAUAUUAAUAAUUUGAUGGCACAAAAUGAUUUGGUUAGCGUAAUGGCUUUCACUGCUCCACAAGGAGGAUGCCCAUUCCGUCCCUAUUUUGGAGCGCUUGAGUAUACUCAUGCAUCAAUUCAUUUAUGGAUGGGCGGAGACAUGAAACCACCAUCAACAUCUGCAAAUGACCCAGUCUUCUUCCUCCAUCACACAUUUGUCGAUUUUAUUUGGGAAAUGUGGAGACAAAAUCACCAGAAUAGAUUUGCAAGAGAAAAUCAAUAUCCACCAGACAUUGCCGCUUGUGCCAAUUCUCAACACUUCAGUUAUGCUCAAAUGAGACCUUGGGAUAAAAUUAAUCGUGAUGGUCUCUCGAAUGCCUACACUGAUAAUUUGUAUCACUAUGCUCCUCGUCCAACGUGUAACCGUAAUAAUGCCAACUGCGGAUCUCAAUAUCUGUUCUGUGAUACACGUGGCAAUCCACAUUGCGUGGCAAAGGUGAAGCCAGGUGGUUUGUGCCGUGGAUUCGAAGGAUUAGAUUCUUGUUACAUGGGUACAUGUGUUGCUGGAUGGUGUAGAGGUGGACAACAGUUCCAACAGCCAGCGCAAACCACUGCAGUGGCUACUGUUCAACAACCUCAGCAGCAGCCCCAGCAACAGCAACCACAGCAACAGAGACCAGCCACAACCCCACAAUCUAAUUGCUACAACGAAGAUCCAUGCUGUAAUCAGUGGUCUCGUCAGAAUGAGUGUCGAACAAAUACAGUUUACAUGAAUAGAUAUUGUAGGAAAUCUUGUGGAUUGUGUCAGUCUAAUGAUAACAAUAGAGGAUGUCAUGAUCGUCACAUAUCUUGUGCCUACUGGCGUGGACAGAACUUCUGUACCCGCCGUCGUCAAUGGAUGGCUGAAAAUUGUCAAGCAACAUGUGGAUGGUGCAAUAUGAACGAAGCUCAAUUAUGUGCAUCAGUUGCUCGUCAAUCAAGAAGAGUUCGAAGAAAUGCAAAGUUCUGGCUCACUGAGCCAGAUGCAGAUGACUUUGUUGAUGAUUUUAUGCUUGAUUAUGGACGAUAAUCACUUUUCGAAAUUUUUUAAAAAUCUUUACUGAAAAUUGUCAUUUUCACCCAACCAAUGUGUAUCACAUUCUCUCUACGUGUCGUUUUCCUUCCCAAAAUCCUUCCGAACUUUCUUCAAAACAAUUUCACACCUGCCGAAAUCACAGUUGAUCCGGGUUUUUGUACAAACUGAUUUCCAACACCCCCUGCCCCUGAUUUGUUUUCUUAUUUUCCAAGAAAAUUAAUAAAAUAUGUUUGAUCUUUUUUUAAAGCUUGUAACCUGCCCUUAAUAUAAACCAGUGUAACUAUUAAAAAUCGUACGAGUUUCUAAUAAAAAUAAACCCUGAUUUU